CUUUUGCAUUGGUUUUUCUUUAUCCCCAUGAUGCUCACAGCCCUUCGUCGAAUAAGGCCGUCUUGCGGCGCAACCUACUCUCACGCCCGCACGCUCGCAACGGCAGCAGCAACAGCACCACACCCUCGCGAGAGGGGACCAAGGAAAGAGGGCGACAUCUCUUCCGUCUUUGCCUCCCUCAGCGGGACUGAAGGCACCGCCCUCCCCGCGCGCUUCGCCGACGUCAAAAGCCAUAUCAUCCGGGGCAACGAAUCCGCCAUCCAAGCGUCGUGGCUGCGACUCCUGAAAGCCCUCCGCAGCGAGAUCGAACUCAUCUCGAGCUCCGGGUCAGAUAUCAUCCCCGAGAUCGAGUCUUCCGAGAUCAAGAACUUCUCGCGCACCCAGCCCUUCGCCUUUGCGCUGAAGAAACGCGGGGUAGCGAUCCUACGGGGUGUCGUGGAUCCUGACGUCGCAUUGGGAUGGAAGGAGGAGAUACGGGCCUACAUCCGCGCGAAUCCAUCCACAAAGGCCUUCCCUAAGGACAAUCCGGCUGUCUAUGAAUUAUACUGGUCUCCGGGGCAAGUGAAGGCCAGGGCGCAUCCCAAUGUGCUUGAGGCUCAGCGCUUCUUGAUGUCGUUCUGGCAUUCCAAGGAUGCGGAUGCGGCUAUUAGUACGGAAUAUCCUGUCUCCUAUGCAGAUAGAGUGCGCAUCCGGCCGCCGGGCGAUUCAGGAUUCGCGCUAGGACCACACGUCGACGGCGGAUCGGUUGAGAGAUGGGAGCCCGAGGGCUACGGGCUAGGAGACCCCUACCACUCCAUCUUCGCAGGCAAGUUCGAAGAGUUCGACCCCUGGGAAUCCUCCACGAGGCUCCGGGUGGAGAGCGAUCUCUACAAUGGCGCGGGGGCAUGUAGCAUGUUCCGCAUGUUCCAGGGCUGGCUGAGCAUGAGCGAGACGGGACCCGGUGAGGGGACGCUGUUCGUGAAUCCGUUGUUUGGCCUCGCGACCAGCUAUUUCCUCCUGCGCCCGUUCUUCUCGCCCCGCAAUCCGGACCCGGCGAGGAGCGGCUAUCUCGAUGCGGAGAACUGGCAGCUGGAUCCUGUGCAGACGCCGCUCCUCCAAGGCGCCUCUCUAGGCUGCACGCAGGAACUCACCAACACGCUGCAUCCGCACCUCGAGCUCGACAAGACCAUGGUGCACGUCCCGGUCGUGCAGCCGGGGGAUUACGUAGCCUGGCAUUGCGACACCCUGCAUGCGGUGGAUAAGAUCCACAAGGGUGUGGGCGACAGCUCGGUGUUGUAUAUCCCCGCAUGCCCCUUGACGGAGGCCAACGCCCGGUAUCUCGUGCAGCAGAGAAAUGCCUUCUUGGCUGGCACGCCCGGGCCGGAUUUCCCCGGCGGAAUGGGAGAGCGCGAACACGUGGGACGCAUGGGUGUCAAAGAUAUCGAGCAAGCAGGAGGCGACGAGGCACUCCGAGCUAUGGGAUUGCAAGCCUGGGAUUUGGACGCGAAGACGGAAAGGGAAAAGAGCUUCUUGAAAGCUAUGAAUCAGUGCUUGGAACUACCGGCGUGAUGGAAUUGAGAUAUUGGUCUUUUUUUUUAAACUUUAUUGUGUCUGAGCGCGGAGUUAGGGGAUGUUUGCAUUUUGUCCGCUGAUUCAGAUGCCCUGUGCUGAAUCUUCAUACGAAAGUCGCGCGUGCUAAAUAAUAAAGCCUGU